ACGUUGUUCGAAUCGAGGCCUAGAUCCGCUCCCGUCCUAGCGCCGAUUGUUCAGCAUCUCUAACCCUCAACCUCAUUAGUUCGCCAAUCGUCUUUGGUUAUCUCAGCUCAGAUCUCAGCUGUGAUUAGUGUGUGUUGGGUAUAUUUGUUACCUUUCCAGCGCAACACCAUCAACAUGGCCUGAUCAUGACGGCGACACCUGAGGACGGCGACGCUGAAAAGCCGCAGACACCCGCAAGCAGCAACGCCACCACGCAACACCAAACUCACUUCCAAGACGCCCCGCAACACCAAACUCCCCACUUUGAAGAAGCCGCUGGCUCCACAAGCUGGUGGUUCGCGUCCACUGGUAUCCCGCUUCUGGCCGCGACCCUCGGCCCCCUGGCCAAUGUCUCCUCCAUCGCGGCCCUGGUCACCAGCUGGCGUCAAAACAACUUCAUCGACGGCACGAUUGUGUUUGACCUAUUCGGUGCGCCGUACGCGGACCCCAAGUGGUGCUACUGGCUCAACGUCGUGUCGCUGAUCUGCGGCGUGCUGGGCAACGUGUUUCUGCUGUUCAACUUCACCCAGAAGAUCCGCUAUGUGGUUGCGCUGCCGGCGACGAUUGGACUAUGGUAUGUGAGCGCGGGCCUGUUGACGGCUAUUACGGCGUGCAUGGAGGUGUAUGAUCCGCCGCGGCGGCCGUGGGAGGGGUAUACGCAGGGCUACUGGUAUGCGGUAGCGGCCGCCGUGUUUUACUUCCUGUGUUCGAUGCUGUUGAUGGUCAAUAUGCUGGGCUAUUAUCUGGGACACUAUCCCGAUCACUUUGCGCUGAGCGAUAGUCAGCGGACGCUCAUCUUGCAGACCAUGUUCUUCUUCAUCUGGAUUGCGGGUGGUGCGGCGAUGUAUUCGCGGAUACAGACUGAUGCUGGGGAAGCACAGUGGACGUUCCCUAACUCGCUGUAUUUCUGUUAUGUUACCAUUUUGACUGUGGGAUUUGGUGAUCUCGUAGCGACAACAACCCUGGGAAGAGGGCUGCUCUUCCCCUACUCCGUUGGCGGCAUCAUCACCCUCGCACUCGUCGUGUCUUCGCUGUACCGCGCGGCUCGGGAGCUGAGCGAAGACAACAUAGUACAGAAGGACCUCACGCGCCGACGCGUGCAGACCCUGCGACUGACAACGUCCAACUCUGAAGACUAUCGACAUCGUCAGUCUCAGCUUAGUCAUGGUGCGGUCAAUAUCAGCGCACCUUCACACUUGCGGCCGUACCACACGGCAGUGGGACCUCGCAAUUUCGGGGUGCCUACGCGGCUGGAUCGCCGACCGCGACUGCUGCUGCUGAAGGAGGAGAAAGACCGUUUCGAUGCCAUGCGCAGAAUCCAGGCCGACAGCAGGAAAUACAAGAAGUGGAUGGCACUCUUCUGGUCCGUCACCACGUUCACGAUCCUGUGGUGCGUCGGCGCUGUCGUCUUCUGGCAGACUGAACAGAAUACGCAGGCCAUGACGUACUUUGAGGCGCUGUAUUUUUGCUACAUCUCGCUCCUGACAAUCGGCUAUGGCGACCUGUCCCCAAAGUCCAACCCGGGCCGCUGCUUCUUUGUCAUCUGGAGCAUCAUCGCCGUCCCCACUAUGACCAUCCUCGUGUCGGACCUCAGCGACACCAUUGUCGCCAAGUUCAAGAAAUGGAGUGAUAUCGCUGCUGACUUCACCGUCCUGCCCAAGCGCGGCAUUUGGCAGCCCUUUGUGGCCAAGAACCCGUGGCUAGCAGACCGCCUCGAGGCCCGCAAAGCCGCGCAACGUAUCCGCCGCGGCUUUCCUACAGCCCCCAUCGACGAUGAGCCCGCAUCCCCCGUCGACGAACCCGUCACUAUCUCCCGCCUCGCAGAAGAAGCGGAGUCGGACCGCGCGCACGCCCCGUCCCGCGCCUCGCUCUCGCGCCGCCUCGCCUUUGCCAUUCGGAAGGUGUCGCGCGAUCUGCGCCUCGAGACUCCCAAGCGCUACGCGUACGAAGAGUGGGUCGAAUUCACGCGAUUGAUCCGAUUCACGACGCCGGGCCGGCUGGACAGGGUGCUGGGCACAUUGGCGAACGUGUCGGACGACACGGAGAACGAGGAGGGCCUGGUUAACUGGGAUUGGCUCGGCGAGCACAGUCCCAUGGUCGCUGGCGUCUCGGAGAGCGAGUGGCUCCUCGAGCGGCUGGUUGAAAGCCUGGUGCGGCUUGAGAAGAGACGCGAGAUUGCGUGUGAGCACGGUGAUGUGGGUGGAUUGCGGGUCAUGGAACGGCCGGAGAAUCUGGCGGGGUUGGAGACACAAGUCCCAGAUUGAGAUUGGAAAGGGCUCGUCGAGGCCGUGACAUGAA